AUGGCGAUUCGAAUCUUAGCUUUUGGUAACAGUCUGACGGAAGGUUGGUGUGAAUUUGGGACUAGAUUCCGUCCUUAUACCCUUAAAGUGCAAAGUCUCAUUGAAUCCGUGUGCAAGACAGAGUCUAUCGAUAUUGUAAACAGGGGUGUGAGCGGUGAAACUACUGACCAAGUGAACACUCGUCUUCCUGUGGUCUUGGACAAGGAUGGCCCAUUCGACAUUGUGAUCAUCUUAGGAGGCACAAACGACCUUGGCGUGCCUCUUGAUAAGAAUGGAGAGCCUUUAUUCAGACGCUUAAGAUCGCUUCACGAGCUAGCUCUUCAACAUUCUCCUUUAUCAGUGGCUGUGACUAUCCCGGAAACCGGUUACGAAACCGUAGAUGAGUAUACUGUCGUCAGAGAGAAACGUCUGCAAGUGAACGCGCUUUUAAAGAAUUUUGUGCAACAACAUGGAGAUAGAAUGCUUCUAUCUGACCUGGCUACAAAGUUACCGCCGGAAUCGCUGAGUGAUGAGGAUCGUAGAACGUUUUGGGCAGAUCAUCUUCAUUUCUCUCUGGCGGGAUACGACAGAAUGGGUGCGACAAUAUUUGAGGAUAUUAGGCAUCGCCUUACUGAAACUUUGGACACAUGA